AUGGAUCCACAACAAUCCCAAUUUUCUUAUGUUCCUUCUACAUUCAGUCCUCAACAACAACCAAACCCAUCUAUGAGUGGUGGUGGUGGCAUGAUGACCAUGCAAUAUCAUUCACAACCUCCCAACAACAACAACAUGUUUAUAGGUCAACCUUCUCAACCAAUGGCACCAACGAGUAAUACCAACGUUCCUCAAUUGCAGCAAGAAGGAAUAAUCAUUAUUGGGGGUCAUCCAUCCCAGCAACAACAGCAGCCAAACUUUAACACCUCUCAAUCAAUGAUGUUUGGUCAUCAUCAUCAACCACAGACAAUGACAACCUCCUCACCCAUGUCACAACCCAUCAUGAUGCAACCAUCCAAUGGACCUGUGAAGGAGCAAUGGGUCAAAGAAGUGUUGGACGUGUCCUCUGAGUAUUCCUCGGAUUAUGGAGCGAGAAAUGUCAUUGGAGAAAGCAGAGUUUAUCCUCUUCAUGAGGACUCCAAUAAGGCAUGGGUUCCUGAAAAAGAACGAAACAAUCAAGAAUUUAUCAUUGUUGAAUUUCCUUUCUAUUCCGUUAUUACUGGUGUUCGAAUCUAUGAGACUUACAAUCCUGGAUCCAUUGUCAAAAUUUCAUGCCUUCCCAAAGGAAGAGAUGCCUACAAGAGGAAAUUCUCUCAAGAUGACACGGUUCGUAACUCUACAGAAUUCAUGUUUCCCAAUGAUUGGAUCACUUUGUACGAAGGUCCUCCUCAACAACCUCUCUUUAAGGGAAAAUCCAACAUUUUCUCUCCACCCUUAAUGACGAAUGGCAUUGAACCGAAAAUUCUCCUCAUCACCAUGAAUACUCUUCAAUCAGAGAGUUGGAGUGAAAUUGAUGCCAUUCAAUUGAUAGGUAUUCCCACAGAGGCUGAAUUCUUGAAUGGAAUGAAGGAGCUUUGGGCAGGUGCUGUUCUUGCAGUGAGUAGUGAGUAUGGCAAUGGAUGGGUCGCAACGAAUGUCAUUGGUAAACCCAGUGUGUAUCCCAAGUAUGGAGAUGACUCGAAAGCAUGGGCUCCAAAAUCAGAGUCUGGCACCUUUGAAUUUAUAACGUUGGACUUUUUGGAACCUCUAUUACUCUCCAAGAUUGAGAUUUAUGAAACGUACUGUCCUGGGGCACUUGUGAAAGUGACUGGUUAUAGCAAUCAUUCAAGCAUGGAGUCUGGUACUGUGUUGUAUCAAGGAGCAAUUGAAGAGGGUCUACCUGAUUUGGCACGAAUUAAGACCAUUGAGGUUCUUGGUGGUGGUGGUGUUGCCAUAGCUAAGAGCAUUCCGAUUCGUUAUUUACGAUUAGAUAUAGACACGACUCGAAGCAAAGGUUAUUAUGAAAUUGAUGCAGUGAAGGUGACUGGUUUUCCAGUGGUGGGUUUGGGAAUGUCAAGAACUCUUUAG